GAGCAUCUCAACCUGCUUGUGACGCAUCACUUUUCAGCGUGCUGCGUGCCAUCGUGAUGUUUCGCUUACACACGCUCCUCUUUAUUGUGCUGGCAUGUUCCGUGCAAAAAGCACUUGGAGGGGAAAUUAUUAAAGGAAAAGAAGUCCCGCCAAAUUCAUUGCAGUACAUGGCUUCUGUGCAAAACAACGGGAAACAUUACUGUGGCGGAUUUCUAAUCAAGAAGGACAUUGUACUUACUGCUGCCCACUGUUUCAUCAAGAAGAAUUCUAAUUUGACAGUAGUUUUGGGAACCAAUGACCUCCGCAAGGUCAAUGAGAGCACAAUGAGAUACAACGUCGAAAAAUGUAAACAUCCUGGCUUUUUAAACGUUUCGUCUGGGAAUGACAUAAUGAUGCUCAGACUGUCAAGACCAUCAAAAAUAAAACCAAUUAAACUUCCAAAUAAGAAGAUGAAGAUCAAGAAGAACACCACAUGCCUUGUAGCCGGAUGGGGUUACAUAAAAAGUGGGGGGCCUAGAGUUGCUAAACUUAGAGAGGUCGAAGUGGCUACUAUUGACCGGAGGACUUGUCAGCGGGAAUGGGCAACUCUCCCAGCCAAUACUAUCUGUGCAGGUGGAUACAAAACGAAGAAAGGUUUUUGCCAGGGGGAUUCUGGUGGACCUCUUGUAUGCAAUACGGUGGCUGUUGGAAUAGUAUCAUAUACCGGCAGUACCUGUGACUACCCACAUCUACCGAAUGUCUACACUGACAUAACAAAGUUCCUGCCAUGGAUUAGUGACCCCAAACCAAAAUGCAAGAUUGAUUAGUGUGAAUUUUCAUAUGCAAGCUAAAUGUGCAAUGCUGUGUUUUGUAGAUUGUUUGA